AUGCUAGGGAGGAAAGCCCUCGGUCCCCUCGGCUCGGGGGGCACCAGGCCAGGCCCGGCUCCGCCGGCGCGCCCCCGUCACCCUCUCCCAGGCCAGCUCUGGGCAGCGCCAAGGGGGCGCGGGCUCGGGCUGGGGGCCUCCUCCUGCCUCUGCGUCCGGCUGUCCGUUCGUCUGUCCGAGGCCCUGGCGCAGGUAAAGGCGCGGGGACAGGGGUGCAGAGCCCCAUCCCGCUGGGAACCCGCGCGUCUCCGGCCCUUGGGGCCCGUCUGCCCUGGCCGCCCGCGCGCCUCCCGCUCCGCUCCACUCCAAGGCGCGCGGGGCCCGGGCUUCUCGAAACUCCGGUCUGCGGGAGAGGAGGCCGGCGCCCGCCGAGUAAGGCGCGCCGGGGCCGGGAACGGGAGCUCGAGGCCGCGGGCGCCGGGCCUUGGCAGCCGGACCGGGCAGCUUACGAUUCAUCAACGCGUAAAACGCGAUCGCCGCGAAGCCUCCAGCCUGUUUCGUCGCCUCGGAGCCCAGCAGGAGCUUCUCAAAGACAACACGGCCCCGGGGACAAUCCCCCGUGUCUGGCAAGGCUGCCCCACAGGAGCUCAAACCCCAGGACCGAGCGCGGGAGGCCCCCGACCCUCAGGCCGGCCGCGAGGCGGUGAACGCCGGAGCCGAGCGGAAGCUUGCCGCGGGGCCGCGAUCGGAGCCUCGGCUCGCAGGGAGGUGGUCGUUCCGAGCCCUCAGGAAAGCAGAUUAUCGGAGCCCUUUCAGAGCGCGCACAACAAAUGCGCCCGCCAUCGAAUGCAUCAUUUACCACCGCAGAUCCGCGCGUUGAUGGGCAGGCAGAUAGCCGUCUGCGGGGGGCACUCGGGCGCCUGGUGCCGUGCCGCCUGCCUGCCUGCCAGCGGCACCCGAGUGUGAGCCCCCGGUGUGCCCGGCGUGUUUGGAUGGGCAGGCGGGUGUGCCAGUGAGUGGGCACUGAACAAGCAAGGGCGUUAGUGUGCACGCGGGCGCUUCGAAUGAGUGGAGCGCUCACGCUGUUUGGGGAUGGCCCAGGUGAGGCUGCUUGAGGAACGGGUGUUGCACGUGACCGUGUGGGCAUUCAUGUCCCUCAGGGUGAGUAGACACGUGUGUGAAAGAGCAGCUGUGCAAGCGCGUGGGCACAGGUGUGCGUGGGGGGCGGCACUGUGAGUGCCUUCAUGAGUCUGCCCUCCGCAGGGCCGUCUAGGGGUGCACACAGGAGGUGGUGUCGCCUGCCACCAGGGCGGGGGUGUAUGCGUACCUUCAGGCACGGGUGUGUUACAGGGGCUUGGGGCCACGCAUCCUCUCAGGCAUGUGCAUCCUCACACGCCUGUGACUACCAGGAGUGCGCACCCAGCGUGCGGCUUGGGGUGUGCACAGAUCUGCGUGAGGGUGGUUGUGUCCUUGUGUAUCUGUCGUGUAUGCUCCGGGGCGCUGCUAGCGGGGCAAGGGGGCAGGGGCCUGUCCCUGUGCCUGCUUGUGGCUGGGGGCGGGACACACGAGCUGGCCCCCGCCAGAGGGACAGAAUGGUGCGUGCGGGUGUGAUAGACUCCACAGUGGAAGGAGUGGUUUGUGCCGUGUAACAUGAGUGCUUGUCACCCAAACGGGGUGUGUGGGUGUGUGAGGUAGAGGGGUCUUCCGAAGAGUUUGGCAACACCCAGGGGUCCCAACCCGCCUCAGUGGGACGCCCUGCCAGGGGCCCCAGAGCCUCGUCGCUCUGCACCUGGGGUAAGAGAGACCGGAGCCCAGCCGCCAGAGGUCCCCGCACCGUGAGUGACACGCGCCGCCGACAAAGGCUGUAUUUUUCCGGGCUCGCGCCCCGCCCGUGUGUGUGCGCGCGCGCGCGCAUGCGUGUGCGCGCGCUCGAGCGCGUGCGAUGGUCCCCAUGGCGACGCAGAUAGCGCCGCAGCCAUUUUCCCUAUCUCCCCGGAGUCUAUUAUAAGGCGGGAUUAGCUCAUCUCCAGGCAGGUCAAACCCAAAGUCACACAACCUGCGGCUCGGGCCGCGCCCCCGCCCCCCGCUGUCCCUCCCCCGCGCGGGUUGGUCUCGGCCCUGCGACCCCGGAGCGGCGGCCGGUGCGCAGGCGCAGAGCGCCACCUGGCGGCCGCGGGUGUCCGACCGGGGUCUGGAGAGACUGCCGCCGGGGUGCGAGUCGCCAGGCAGGAGAGGUGGGCCGGGGUCCCUUCCUCCAGAAGCUGGGCUCUGCAGAGCGGGGGCUUUGUUCUGCCACUGCUGUGCUCCCAGGGCCAGGCUGGCCCUCAGUAGAUGCCCCAUAACCGUUUGUUGAAAGGAUGGAUGGACCAGCAGGAAAUUAUAGACGUGCCAACUGUCAACGUCACACAGCUUAGUUGGCAGCAAGAAAUCAUUUAUUAGAAGUACCCUCUGAACUUAAAGUAAAAGCCAAACUCCUUUGGAACCUACAUAACAGGCCUUGCUGACCCGUCAGACCCGGUCCCUUUCUCUUGCCUCCUUCCUGUUCUUUGGGGCCAGAACUUUCCCAGCCCAGGACCUCUACCCAGAUGUCACCCCCCCCCCACACCGCCCCCGAGAGCAGAGUUGCCCUCCUCUGCCUCACUUUUCUCGGUCUAUUCUAUAUAUUUCUUUUAUAGUGAGUACUUAGCACAAUGUAAAAGCGUCUUGUCUUUGCUUGCU